GACAGAUUUUCAUUAGGGUUUGCUUGGUGAGAAUAAUUUUUCUCUGAAGGCCUCCGUUCUUUCAAAAAGUUGUUUGCUCGAACACGCACUUUCAUAGUUUUAUUUUGCGGGCUGGCAGCGUACCAACUGCGCAAAAAGUCGAAUACCUGCGGCGCACCGGUGCUCACUGUGAAUCGGGCGAUUCUGCGUGCUUUCAGCCGCUUCGGCAUUUUAUAUUAUAUUCUCAUUAGAGAAUUAAUGCUCAAGAAGUAGUAGCAGAAGAAGAAGGCUGAACGACAUUUCAUUGAGAAUUUGUGGCGUCUCUCUUCAUCUACUCUGGUGUGGUUUAUUGAUCUUUAGAGAUGGCAGGGAAGCAGAAGAGCCAAGAGCCAUGCAAGAAGGAGGCCUGCGAUAUCCAGUCAUGUCUUACCAAGAACAACUUCAACCCUCAGAGGUGCUUGAAAGUCAUUGAGAUGUUGCAGGCAUGCUGUGAGAAUUGUAGCUAUAACUCAACACACUGUGCUUCUUUAUCCGAGCUUUUGAAGACUCGUAAGAAAUCAAAAUGAAAAGAAGUUCCAGCAAUUAUAGAUACUUCUAACAUCGAGCUCAGUAAGCAGCAAAUGCUUAGGGUACAAUAAUGUAACUCUUGCCAUAAAUACCUCAGCAAAUAUCCAGCUACUUUGUACUAGAACAUGCAAUGAAUAUUAAAAGAGAUCUUUUAUGUAACAAACAUUAAGUAAUCGUGAGAAUUCUGUCUAUUUUGAGCGAGAAUAUUCAUU